UGCCCGAGAGCUACAGCAGCUACGUGACUUCGAUGUACGGGGGAGUGGCGUCGCAGUUCGCGGCCCCAUGUGCCCCAUCACCGCCCCGGGGAUCGAGCGCCGGUUCCGGAGCAGCGGCAGCCGCCUCGGUCGGCGGCGUGCCCACGAGCGUCAUCCAAGCUGCCAGCUCUUCCGUCUCGGACGAGCUCUACCUCUUGGAGCUCGGCUUCCCCGGACGCGCGAAGAAGGGCAAACUCAAGAAGCACCAGUUGCUCAAGGACAGCAGCUCCACCGGCCAGCCUCACCACCUCGCCGGUGGCCCACAGCAGCACCACCACCAACAGCAGCAGCAGCAGCAGUCACAGCAGUCGGCCGGCUCGCCGGCGAAGCGAAAGUCGCGCGAGGGCUCGACCACCUACCUCUGGGAGUUUCUGCUGAAGCUCCUGCAGGACCGGGAGUACUGUCCGCGCUACAUCAAGUGGACGAACCGCGAGCGCGGGGUCUUCAAGCUCGUCGAUAGCAAGGCCGUCUCGAGGCUGUGGGGCCUCCACAAGAACAAGCCCGACAUGAACUACGAGACGAUGGGCAGGGCGCUGCGCUAUUACUACCAGCGCGGUAUUCUCGCCAAGGUGGACGGCCAGCGGCUCGUCUACCAGUUCGUCGACGUGCCCAAGGAUAUUGUCGAGAUCGAUUGCACGGGCGCGUGAGAGCGGGCCCGCCCGUCGAGGGCCCGGC